ACGCAGUCUCCRGGACCCRGGCAGCGUUAGAGCGUUGGAGUUCUCCUUACUUCCUCAGUAUUGGUUAGCUUGAGCAAACCUCAAGAGGACCUCGGCAGCUGAGGCGGCCGGUGCCCGAGCGGGAGAAUGGCGCUUUCGACCAGGGUCUCCCAGAGGAAGCAGAUCAAGCGGAAGGCUCCCCGAGGCUUUCUCAAGCGCGUCUUCAAACAACGGAAGCCUCACCUUCGUCUGGAGUCGCGUGGAGAUUUACUGGUUCAUUUGAACUGUUUACUCUUUGUUCAUCGAUUAGCAGAAGAGUCCAGGGCAAAUGCUUGUGAGAAUAAAUGUGGAGUCAUUAACAAGGAUCAUGUACUGGCUGCAGCAAAGGUAAUUCUAAAGAAGAGCAGAGGUUAAAAGUCAAGGAACGUGUUCUUGAAAMUUAUAUGAUAUGCUGUUUUAGG